AUGGGCAUCCGGGGGCUGAUGAGCUUUGUGGAGGACCACCGCAAGGAGCUGCUGAGGGACGUGAAGCUGCGGGACACGCGCCUGGUCAUCGACGGCUACGCACUCUUCCACUGGCUCAGCUUCCACUCCGACCUGGAGCUGCGAUACGGGGGGGACUACGACUCCUUCGCUGAUGUCGCCCGAGAGUUUUUUGAGACGCUGUCCGCCUGUGGCAUAUGCCCCUACGUCGUGCUGGACGGCGGCUGUGACAUUUCCGAUAAGAAGCUUUGCACCCUGAAGGACCGUGCCCGCGAGCGCAUCCUGGCGGCCCGUGCCCUGAGCCUGGGGGGCACCGGCCGCGUGUGCCCCCUGCUCACGCGGGAGGCCUUCCUGCAGGUGCUGACCGAGCAGCAGGUGGGGUUCGUGCAGAGCUUCUCAGAAGCCGACCAGGACAUUGUGACCCUCGCCAAUCACUGGAGCUGUCCGGUGCUGUCCUCGGACAGCGACUUCUGCAUUUUUGACCUGAAAGCCGGCUUCUGCCUGCUGAGCGGCUUUCAGUGGAGGAACAUUAGCACCGUCCGAGGCACCCAGAGCUGCUUCAUCCCUGCCGCCUGCUUCUCCGUGGACACGCUAUGUCAGCACUUCAAUGGCAUGACCAAGGCCCUGCUGCCCCUGUUUGCUGUGCUGUGUGGCAACGACUAUGGCAGCCUGUCUGCCGGGGACAGCAUCUUGGCGAAGAUCCGCCCACCCCCAGGCGCAGCCAGCCCCUCGGGGAGGCAGCACCGGCGGGUGCUGGGCCUCCUGAGUUGGCUGUCCAGCUUUCCUGGCCCUGCUGAGGCCGUCGACAGGGCCCUGCAGCUCCUGCCGCGGUGCGACCGGGAACGCGUCCGGGAGGGCCUGUCCUCCGCCGUGAGGGAUUACCAGCCAUCCCAGGCCAGGCCGCAGGACUUGCUCCAGCGGAAGGCUCACGUCUGUCCUGAUGCCAUGCACACCAGCUUGCCAGGGUGGGUGCGCUUGUCCCUGGCCAGAGGCCAGCUGUCACCCUUCAUCAGUGAUGCUUUGGUACUGAGAAGGACCAUCCUGCACACGCAGGUGGAGGACUUGCAGCGCCCGAGUGCCCACCGGGCCUCACUGCCCCUGCGGCAGGCCAUCUAUGGGCUGCUGUGGGGCGCUAUCCACCCGCAGGGGACGGCGUCACCUCCCACCCUUGGUGAGGUGGAGCGGGUCAGCAGAACCAUCAGGACAGCCACUGUCCACGCCACAGAGCUGCCUGGGGGUGGUGCCCAUUUAAGCACACUCCCCGAGCUCCCUGUAGACCAACGAGAGACACUCCUGCUGGAAGCCCUGCAGGUGAACCGGUCCAUCCUGGAUGCAGUCCCACCUGCGCUGAGGCUGCCGGUUGCUGUGAGCUGUUUCUGGGUGCAGCAGGUGGAGGUCAGGGUGACGCUGGUCCAGGCCCAGGCCUUGCUGAUGGGGAUGCUCAUGGGACCUCUACACAUCAUGGUUGACAGCAAAGGUGAGGACGCUGUGCAGGUGCCUGGUGCCCAGAGGUUGAAGGAAGAGCUGCUGAGCGUGAAGGCACGCACGCGGAUGAGCGGGUGGCUGGACGUGGCGUCAGCACACACUUUCUGCCAGUGGCAAAGCUGCAUGCAGAUGGGACUCUAUCUCAACCAGCUGCUGUCCACACCGCUUGCAGAGCCAGACCUGACCCGGCUGUACAGCGGAAGCUUGGUGCACGGACUGUGCCGGGAGCUCACAGCCUCAUCCACCGACCGUCUCCUGAGCCUGUGUCCAGAGGCCAAGCAGCUUUACGGGCAUCUCUUCUGCGCCCUGCAGUCAUCCGCCCCUCCUGAGUUCUCCUCACCAAAAGGGAAAUCACGUUCAAAAAAGAAGAAGAAGGGUACCAAGAAUCGAGGGAGAGCCACCUCAAGCACUGGGUGUCAGUAUGAGGGAGGCAACCGAUUUAAGGUCUUAAUGGUUGAGAACUUGGAGGAAAUGACUGAGGCCUCACAGCUUAAAUAG